AUGCAGCCCGCUGGAAUCGAGGCCGCGCUGCUGUCUGAAUCAGCCAUAAAUAACGACUCAUACUCAAACUCGCCCAAAACUCACAUCCAGUAUUCAACUGUUUCCCCUCCCGGCAAUCAAGGCUCAUCGCGUAUCUACCGUGGGCCUGAGUCACUCUCGCAGCCAAGGGAUCGGGUUCCCAGCGGUGGGGCCUUGACUCAAGGAAGUGCUCAGCAGCAAGGCUCGUCUGGAGGUGAAUCCGAGACCGUGCCCUCCCGCUGUCGAUCUGUCCAUGCUAUCAUAGGCGUGAUCCAGUAUGAGGACAGCAAAGAAGGCUUUUUUGGUAACACUAGUGCUGGUACCUUCAUGCAAAGCGUGAAGCGAAUAGUCGAACAGAAAUAUAAAAGCUGUACGCAUGGAAUGUCGCCUGAUAUCGGACGAGCUCACAAUCAUCUGCCGCCCCUCAUUCCUGACCGCAAGUCCAAACACAAGCAGAUCGAAUAUGUCCUGCCGACGCGGAAAAAGGCAGACAGGUUGAUGGACUUGUAUUGGAAAUACGUGCAUAUUCUCUACCCACAUCUGGACAAGGAACAAACCCAGAAAAAUUACGAACAAAUCUGGAAUGGCUGUGACGACAACUCUGUGUCGGACGAACAAUCAUUGCUGUGCCUACUCAAUAUCAUCUUUGCGUUGUCUAGCCAAAUCGACACGCAGAUAGCAUUCGAAGACCGGGGAUCCGUAGCAGCCAUGUACUACGAUAGAGCGUAUGAACUCAUGGAUAUCAGGGACACAGGGUCGAUCCGUGCCGUGCAGUCUUUUCUUCUUCUGGGACAAUACUUCCAAAGCACCAACGAGCCCCAUCCCUGUUGGAUCUUUGUCGGACUAGGCAUCCGCACGGCACAGAGUCUUGGGCUGCACCAGGCGGAAACAAGCCAACGUGUCCCUGAUGUGCGUACCAGAGAAAUCUUGCGCAGAGUCUGGCAUGGAUGCAUCCUCAUGGAUCGUAUACUUUCCAUGACCUACGGUCGGCCGUGCUCGAUAGGCCCCAAUGCAACAAACUCUGUACCCCUGCCGCGGCCGAUGGAUCAGGAAUAUGUCCCCGUGGGGGUCGAUCUGCGAUACGCAAGCCGAGGAACAGAGGGCCGACCGUCGUUUGUGGACUUCUACAUCCUCUCUUUAAAACUAUACGAUUUCUUGGAUGAUGUCCUCUUCAACUAUCAUACAGUCGAAACGCCAAAUGAUCAGCAACCGAGAGAUGCCCUUCAAAAUGCUCAUCUUGGCCAAUGCUCAACUGAAAGAAUUACGGCCGUGUUUGAGCUUGAGCGCCGGCUUUCUAAGUGGGAAGCUAGUAUUCCAGAGCAUUUGCGGAUUCACAAGCGCCCAGCAGGAGCAGUCGGCGUCGAAGCCAUCCUCUAUCGCCAAGCUGUGGUUCUGCACCAAAGGCACAUUUAUGUCCGCCUUCUACUGUUGCGGCCGAUCUUGUCGACUGUCAUCGGCAGCGAACGAUACGACGAAAAACCGUCAACUCUAUUUGGGGGUUUGUUGGCCGAUCGGAUCUUGCUCCAAUGUGCCGUGGAGUGCGUCCACGCCGCGCAGGCAGCCAUUGACGUUGUCUAUGCGGAGGAAGCAACACUGAACGAAGGGUCUUACUAUCUCUCUGCCUGGUGGUAUAACGUGUUGUUCCUGUACACUUCCGCCACGAUCCUCAUCGCCGCCCGCCUCAGCCCAGAUAUCCUCACCGAAAUCCCCGAGAGAAAGAUCCUGGAAAGUUGGCACAAGGCGAUAGGGAUCCUUGAAGGAUAUUGCGCCUUCAGUACUUCGAUACAGCGGCUUGUCACGACUCUGGGGCUGCUUUCCAACGCCGUUCCCCAGCGAUACUCGCGUUUGCGACAGCAACAACCCAUCAGGCAGCCGGAGAAGAUCACGUCAUCGUCGAUGACCCCCGUGUCGAUGUCAGCAGCGCUCUGGCGCCCUAGUGAUGUCACUAGCAUUCCGGCAACUUCGCUUGGACAGGAAGUCACUGUGGACUUCCUCUGUGAGGCGGGAGGAGAGCUUGACAAGACACUCAUGGCCGGAUCUUUGCUGGACUUUGACAAUGUAUUCGAUCCAAACGACUUGUCCUGGCUCUUGACCGUGCCAUUCAAUAGCUAA